AGUAGCGGCUAAACGCUUCUCGCUAACGUGUAGCUCAUAAAAUUAGCUCUAAAAAGGGACUUCUACAUCGUUGUUCUAACUGUUAAAAUCUCUAUGUGUGUACUCGUUUUAUUUACGUGACCUGGUCGUGUCAAUAAGAUGGUGCAGAACGUGUUCCGGACGGGUUUUCUGGUCCGAACCGCUCACACUUUGUUAACCUGGGUGGUAACUGUGGUUCUGUUCCUGCACAACACCGAUUUACGUCGCUGUGAGGAGCGAGGAGAGCUGCUGCUGCCGGCUCUGUUCUUCCUGCUGGUCCUGCUCUCGGUGCUGUUGUACUUCACCGUGUCGUUAAUGGACCCUGGGUUUGUUCUCUCUGACACGGGCGCUCAGGGUUCGGAUGAAGAAAUGGAAGCGAUGAUUUCUGAGUCGUCGACCCCUCGGCUGCGGCGCUGUGGGUACUGUCUGCUGCAGCAGCCAAUGAGAGCGAAGCACUGCCAGACGUGUAAACACUGCAUCCGGCGCUACGACCAUCACUGUCCCUGGAUCGAGAACUGCGUCGGGGAGAGGAACCACCGCUGGUUCGUGGUCUACCUGCUGGUCCAGCUGCUGGCCCUGCUGUGGGCCCUUCACAUCGCUCUGUCGGGGAUUUCUCCGAGCGUUUCGUGGGAGCCGUGGUUCAGAGCCAACGGGUUUCUCCUGGCGGCGCUGGUCGUCGUGGGGGCCUUCUCCGGGAACGUGGCUCUCCUGCUGGGCUGCCACCUCUACCUGAUCUCCAUCAACUGCACCACCUGGGAGUUCAUGUCCCGCCACCGGAUCUCGUACCUGAGGAACUUCAGGGCGGAGGAGAACCCGUUCGACCGCGGACUUCUCUGCAACCUGUGGGACUUCUUUUGUAUCUGCAGGACGGUCAUGUGGGAGCAGGUUUACCAGAAGAACACCCCGAACACUGUCUGAACUCACAGGGACCAGACGGUAUCAGCAAAACAUUCGUCUGUUAGCAAAACGUUUCAUGAACCACUGGACGAAAUAACCACUGGCUGUCUCUCUAAACUUCAACAAAUUCAAGAUGGCCGCCACGGUACGCUUUCAACGAAGACAAAAAGCAACAACUCAAUCAGUUUUACAAAUACUGAGCUAAAGGCUUUUGUGGUAGUAGCCGAAACUGAUCCCCAACACAAUCUGAGAGCAAACAGAUUGCACAAGAUGUUCUUUAAAGGAAUCCUCGAUUAGUUGUAACAUUAGACUUUAUUUAAUAAACAUAUAUUUUAACUGUAAAAUAAAGACUGUAAAAAUACCA